AUGUUAAAUAGUAGCACCAACAACAAGGUCAAAAAUCAAAAGCUGCAUAAUAUUCCACCCCUACUGCAUAAUAUACGAAUAUGUCCCACUGGUAUUUCAUCUGUUUCCACUACUAAAACAUUAAUGAAAAUAUUACACCACAUGGGUGGUAUCUAUUCUCCAAACCUAACCGAUGACGUAGAUAUAUUAUUAAUAUGUGAUGAUAUUUUAACAAAAGAUUGUUUCCAAUCUGAAAAAUAUAACUUCAUAGUGAAUAAGAGAUCGGAUGACAUUAUACUUAUGAACUAUAAUGUUUUAACUACCGUCGUAUAUACCAAAUGGCUAGAUAAUGCAUUUACUACCAUGGUUAAUACUAGUUCUAAAUAUGAUAUUAAAUCAUAUUUGCAAACAAAUUUUUCUAUAAAACCAUUGCAACUUUUUCAUAAAAGUAUAUUUUUAGCCAGGAUAAAUCCAAUUUCUGAUAGUAUUCUGAUAAAUGGCAACUCGAUGGAUCAAAAAUUUUUUAUCAAACUGUGUAGGUCCAUGGGAUAUAAAAAUAGUAUUAACACUCAAUGUUAUAUUCAGCAUUCUUCCCCCGCGGAACAUGUUAUGUUAAGCAAUGAUAUCAAAAGUAGUAGAGUCAAAUGGGCCAUUGAUGAUGGAUUACUUAUCAUUCAUCCCAAGUGGCUCUAUGAUUGUUUUAUAAGGAAUAUGUUGAUCAAUCCCAUGUAUUAUGACUUAAAAAAAAAUUAUGCUAGAAAGUGGGAUGAUAUAGGCGCUAUGCAUGUUAUAGAAUGUUGGAAUAAUCUUGACCAUCAAAAAACAGAGAUGCUACUUGGUGCCAUUAUCAAAAAUGAUGAUAAUAAUAAUAAUAUAUUACACAAUGUACCAUUAAAGAAGAAAAGUAAGCUGCCAAAUGAAAUUAAUAGUACUAACACACAUACUACUUGGGAUAAAAUAUUCGAGAACGGGAACAAUAAAAAUACAUCUCUGGGACUAGAAAAAUAUAAAACAUUGAGUACCAAAAAUAAUGAUCAGUUAUCCCAGACACAAGAUACUGAGCACAAGGUUUUUACUGCUUGUUUUUUCAUAUGCUAUGCGUUUUCCUCAAGACAUUUGAAAGUAUUAACUGAAAUAAUUACCAAAAAUGGAGGAGAUAUUAUGCCAUAUGCUGAUUUGAAUACAAUAUCCACCAAUAAUAAGCACGUUUUUUUUUUAAUUCCACAUGAUUUAGAACUUCAAUCUAUUCCAAAUUCGAUAUUUUCAAAACUUUGUAAAGUUUCAUCUAAAUAUCAAAAAAUUACUGAAUUUUAUAUUGAAAGGUGUUUGCAUUAUAAAAAACUAAUACUUCCCACAGAUCAUUGGUCCAAACCAUUUUUAUACACUAAAAAUUUUAAAUGUAAAAAUACUGCAAACAAUAGUAUAAAAAUAAGUAUUAGUGGUUUUCAAAAUAUUGAAUUAUUGCACAUAACCAAGAUUUUGAAAUUAUUAACUAAGUUAAAUGUUGGUCUGGAAUUUUCCGAAAACUUAAAUAAAAGAACAAAUGUACUAAUUGUGAAUUUAGCCGCAUUAAGCUCUAAAUCUAUAUCAAGAACUAAUCCACUAUGGUAUAAAAACAAAUAUGCAGACUUAUUUCAACUCGAAAUGAAUUUUAAUAUGGAUACUAUUAAUAAUAACGACAUUUCUAUAGUCACCAAAGAAUCCCUAAGGAAAAAAUUGGAGUUUAUUAAAUCAAUUAACCCAAUUCCCUCUGUCACACCGAGUAUUUUAUUUGAAUUAUUUGAAUUAAUUCAUGAAUGUGCUAGUGUUGGUAGUACAAAUUUUAUGAGUAAGCAAAGAUUUAAGAAAUUAUAUUUAAAUGAUCAAAGAUGGUGUAUUACUUAUCCUACUAAUAAUAGGCUAGACAAUGAGACCACUAAUAUCAAUUUGGAUAAUAAUUUGGUAUGGUUUAUUGAGGUAGGGGAUGAUAAUAAUAAUGAUAAUGAUACUGAUAGUAAUAGUAAUAGUAAUAAUAAUCCUAGUUUUAGUAACACCAGUAUAAAUAAGAGUUUGAAAAAUAAACGAAAAGAAGUUUUAAACAAGUUUAAUUCAUCUAAAGAUAUUGAAAGACACCAUAAUAUUAGUAAAAAUAAAAACAUCACCAUUAAUAAUACUAUAGAUCACGAAAAUAUUAAAAGUAAAGCAAGAAAGUUGAGUAAACAAUUGUCAGGUGAUUUACUGGAUAGUGAAAAUUUGUCCAAAAUCUCUGUUGCAAAUUCUAUUCAGGAUACCUGUACUAAUGGCAAGAUAGUUCAUGGUAGUAAUGACAAAAAUAGUCAGAAACAAAAUGUGAACAUGCCUUCGCCUGCUAAAAGAUCUUCUAGUUGGAUUAACUUUGUUAAAAAUGAGUCGCCAGUUAAGAAAAUUAGGCAAGAUUUAAAUAAUUAUUCAUCAAAUAAUUUUAAUAAUAAUAAUGCUAAUGAUAAUGAUGAUAAUGACAACAAUCGUAGUCUUAAUAAAGUGGGCGGUAACACAAAUAGGGAACUAGGGAUAAAAGAUGUUACUUCCAUCCCUACCAAUGAUGUUUCUAAGGACAAUAAGGAAACUACUGUCUGUGUAAAUAAUGGAUACAAUAAUAAGAAUAUUGUACAAAAUUAUUUUGAAGGUGGAAAAGAGGACGAUUAUGAUAAGAAUAAUAUUAAUAAAGAUAGGAGUACUCAAAUUACUUAUGGCGUACCUGUUGUAGAUGGCGGAAAAUCGAAAAAUAUUAACACAGACAACUAUACUAAUGGUAGCGGAAGAUUAACAAGAAAUCAAUUGAAAGCUAGUCUUCGUGGUAGUACCACCACAGGUGUGUAG